UUUUUUUUUUAUUAUUAUUAUUAUCUACAUUUAUCGGUCAUUUUAUUUAUUUAAUCAUUUUUAAACAGAAAUAAGUUUACUUCUCCUACGAUGGCCCAGAAAUCAAGUAGCCAUGACAAUACACAAAAAGCAAAUGGCGGUUUGCCUGUUCCAAUUCAUCCUGACGAUGCAAAAGAUAAAGUAUUUACAGCCAUCUUGAAAGCUUUACUAAAAAUGGGAAAUAAACCAAGUUCACCAAAAGAAUUAGCAAACAUUAUUGUUAAACAUAAAUAUGCCACUCUUGGGGGAGCAACGCCAUUUGCAACAGUUUCUUCACGAAUAUCUCAACAUUUUAAACGAGCUGCUGAACAUAAUCCACCAAGAGCACCAUUAUUAGCAAAACAUGUAGACCAAAAUCAUUCUAGAAAAAUUAAUUAUUCAUUAGCUACAACAGAAUCUGUAUCCAGUAAUACAGUAUCAGAAACACACGACAAUGAGGAUGACAUAAUAACCGCAGCAGGUACAGAAGAAGACACGAACUCUAUUCCUACACAAGAUCCUACACGUACAAAUAGCAAAACUAAGAGGAUACCAAUUAUAAAAAUCACAUCUUCUUUAAAACGAAAGAAAACACGAAAAUUAAAAUCAGUUAUAGAUAGUCAAGGAGAAGAAGAGGAAGAAGAAGAAGAAAGAGGGAGUGAUGUGGACGACGAAAUAGAAGAAUCGGACGAAAAGAAUACCACAGAAGAGAGUAAGAUGACAAAGAAAUAUAAAUUAAAUAAUCAUCAUCCUUCUCCUGUUACAGAGUCAUUAUCAAUACAUCCUAUUCAACAAGAUUCUCAAUCUGGAUAUUAUUCACCUAUAUUAACACAUGAUUCUGAUGAAGAAAGUGAAGGUGAACACUCUGAUUAUCAUGAAGAAAUGUUAAAAGGUGAUGUUGAUUUAGACUUGAAUUUACAUCCAAUAACUGGAAGAAGAUAUUCACGAAGGCAAUCUUCAAUUCGUUUUCAAAAUGAACCUGUGACUAAAAAAUUAUUAUCGAAUGACCACGACAUUAUUACCCAUCCUCAUGAAACACCAAAUACAACAAUACCAAAAGGACUAGCAUCACAAGACAAUAAUUCACCAUCAAAUACAGGUCUUGGAAUAAGAAAGCCUUCCUUUUCAUUUAGUAGUGGAUUUUCUGGUGAACAAGAGCUUUGGACUCCAUUUAGCUUUGAACACGAUUUUGAUACUGUUUUUUUGCAUGAUCCUUCAACUGCUCAUCAUAUUCCAUUUAAUAUAACUACUCCAGAAUCAAUAUCUGUAUCAGAAUUGGAUAACUAUUUUGCUAGUUCAACUACCUCAUCGACAACUCGAUCACAACGAAAAAGCUUUUCGUCUAGUAUGCUUGGCCCCAAUGAUAAAUCAUUAUUACAAAAAGUAUUAUUAGCAAGUGCAGCUAGAGGUGUGGCCGAUAAAAUUGACGAAGAGGAUGAAAAGGAAUUAGAAAAUGAAAAUAAGGAUCUUAAAAACAAAACUGACGAUCAUGCUUCUGAACUAAAUAAUCAAACUACUACAGAUAAACCAUCAACAAAAACACAAGUUAUAUCUUCUUCUGAUACCUCAACUUCGAUUGCUAAACAGUCUACAAUUACAAAUGAUGAUAAUAAGGUAAAGUCUGAAACUGUUAUCAAUACCUCAAGUAGUACAAUGAAUACAGAUAUUGGUGAAGAUUUUGUCAAAUUUGAAGAUGAUGACAAAAAGGAAACCCCACCCAUACUUACACCUAUUAAUACCAAUACCAAUACAACAAAGAAAAUGGCUGAUAUUCUUCCAGCUACUACUACAACAACAUUAUCUGCAGCCGAAAUUUUAAAAUCAAUGAAUAUUCAAAACCUUAAUCUGUCAGCACUUCAUCAAAUGACUUCCAGUAUUCCAAGUCUACAGCAUUUAUCCCCAACUUUCGAUUUAGCAAAAACAAUGGCAGCUUAUAUGCAGUCCUUGGCAAAAUCUGCUAAUGCCAAUCCAUCAUCUCCGUCUAGUUCAACACAUGCAAUGGAUCUUAAAUCUAUCUUAGCUCGAUUCCCAGCUUUAGAAGCAUUUAUCAAAAAGGAUCCUUCUACAUCUUCUGGUACAUCCACACCACCUUUACUAUCACCUACAACCACUGAGUUUAUUCCAAACCUGAUUAGUAACAGCGCUCUUACAGCUGGUAGUACAGAGCCUAUCGUCCAUACCUUAACCUCUAUGAAUCCGCCCAUGUAUAUCACCGUUAUUGAUAAUGUACCUGUAUGCAUCUGUGUUCUGGCCAAGACAGAGCAUACGCCUGAAUACCGACUGAUGCGGCGUGUAGAUACAGGAUUUAUUAAUGGAACUACUUUACUAACAGCAGGUGGUAUUGAAACAGAGAGUGAACGUAGUAUGAUUCUCAGUUUUGAAAUGGAACGUAUAAGAAUGCCCAAGAAACAAAGUCCAUUGUUCGGUACUUGGAUUCCUUUACGUCGUGCUCAGGAAUUAGCUGUGACAUGCUCAAUACAACGCAAGUUAGGUCAUUUUCUUGAAGAUUCAAUUGAGUCUUAUUUUCCUUCACCAUUACCGAUCCAAAUCACAACACGUAAACCCGCACGAGAUAGCCGUUUAACAGCUUUAGCAUUAGCUGCUCUACGAGCUGAAAGCGCAAAGAGUAAUGGCUUUGUUGUAUCUCCAAUAUCAAGACAAUCCUCGAGUACCUUAGCAGCUGCUCAACUUCAUGAAAUAUUAUUAGCAAAUCCUCAUAAGGCUUUAAAGUCAAAUGGAAAAGCACCACUGCUAAGUCAAAUAGACGACAAAGAAAGUUUAUCAAGGCAGGGUUCUAUACAAAGUAGUCAGCGUAGCAAUUCAACGGCAAGUAUAUCUAGUCAACGUGAAGAAAAUAGUGAUGUUGAUGUUGUGAAUAGUGACUCCUCUGCAAUGUCAUCAAAUGAUGAGGAAAGCGAUACGGAAACAAAUGAUAAAAAAAAAAUGCGUUCUUUAAAUUUAGAAGAGAUAUUGAAUCGUGUGACAUCAAAACAACAACAGCUAUUACAUAUUCAUCCUCGUGAUUUACAGAAAAAGCGUAGGCAAAGUUCAGUUACUGAAAAUAAAGUGGAUGAUGAACCUACAACAAAGGCAAUAAAAACAUCACAUCAACAACCACAAGCAAUAGUAAGAAAAAAAACAGGUGGGAAAUGGUCUAACAGUAAACCGAAUACAGUUAAACGUUCAAAUAAUACUAGUACAACUAUUACAAUAAAACGAUCUUCUAGUAGUAAUGGAAAGAAGACAAAGGUGAAAGAAGACGAAGAGAUAGCAAAUGUUGUUGUUGAACAUAAACCUUCGCCUGCACCAUUACCUCCACCACUACCUCCACCACCAGAAACAGUGGAAAGAAGUAUAGAUGAAGAUGAUGAGGAUGAAGACAUUGAUAUCGGUGGAAGCGAUUUUGAUGACGAUCUUCGCUAAACUGUCAUUUUAUUUAUACUUCUGUACUCCAAAAAAAAAAAAAAAAAAAAAAA